AUGGCGGUGAACCAGAGCCACACGGAAAACCGCCGCAAGGCCUACAUCCCUUACGGCGAAAGUGUCUUGAAUCAGUGUAGUGAUGUGGAGCUCUCCUUCCCAGAGCAACCACCAGGAUCCAAUUUCUUUCAUGGUACAAAGAGGGGAACGUUGCUUCUCACUUCAUACCGGGUGAUCUUCGUGACGUCACACUCAGUCAAUGAUCCCAUGCUUUCUUUUAUGAUGCCAUUUGAUCUGAUGAGUAACUGCACCCUCGAACAGCCAGUCUUUGCCCCCAUCUACAUUCAAGGAACCAUUCAGGCAGCUCCAGAUGGUGGCUGGGAAGGACAGGCUACUUUUAAACUAUCCUUCAGAAAAGGAGGUGCCAUCACAUUUUUCCAGUUGAUGAUGAAAGCUGCCUCUGCUGCUGCCGAAGGAACUCCGCUUCAAAGUUUAACUUACUGGUUUGGUGCUCCAGGACUGUUUAUCGUUAGUGGGCAGGGGAGCAUGUGCAACCAACAGAGGUCUUGUCCAGUUGUUGUCCGUGGGCCCCAACCUGUGAGAUAUGGAGCCCCACCAGAAGCAUACAGAGUCCCACCAGCGGGAUAUGCACCCCCACCAGCGGGAUACGGACCCCCACCAGCAGGAUACGGACCCCCAUAUGAAGCCCCACCUCCGGGAUAUGAAGCCCCACCUCCGGGAUAUGAAGCUCCACCUCAGGGAUAUGAAGCUCCACCUGCUGGAAAUAGAGCUGGCUCUCACAAUCCUGAGGCAGCCCAGCCUGAUGGAUAUGAUGCUUCUCUUCCUUCCACCUCAUCUCCUCAGCACCAUUCACCACCUUCUAAGAACUAAACCCUGAAGAUUCACCAACCAAAGUAGAACCCUAAAACUGAAGUCAGGAUAAGAAGGAGGACUCAGGUGCCAAGCAGUAGGAGGAGUGUCCUGUGCAUGUACUGGCCUGAUCCUCACCACACAUCUGUGAGGUCCUGGUGAGCUCUGAGUCCCUUUUCCUGCUGCAGGCUUGAUCCCUGGUGGUCAGAGGGCCUUGAAAAUCGAUGGUGUCAAAGGUGGUAUAGUAGGUUAAAGGAGGGUUCAGAUUUCUCAUGAGAUCAGAAGAUUUGUUCCAGAUCUGCUGCUAUGUAAAUGAAGUGUGGGGGUUGCUGGAAGCCUGAGACUAGCUUUUUCUUGAGCCAGCUCAGCUGGUACAGGAAAGAGAGAAUCCUGACAUCUUUGAGUUUUUUACAUCCUCAUGGCCUCAUCCCUUAAUCACAGCCCAGGCCUGAAGGCUUCACCACAUUAAUUGCCCAGGUAAAGGGUACUUACUUAUAACUAUAAUGGUAAAGACUUUGAGAGGGACAGUAAUUAUGUCAAUUGGCUGGCCAUUUAUCAACUAUGUUAAUGCCAAGCACCCAGCCAGGCGCUUUACAUACAAAAUUUAGCAAGGAGAGUGCUCGGAUCCCAAUCACAUAGAUGAAGACACAGGCUGUCAGGGAAGCAAAUUGCCUAAGGCACACAGCUGGCUAGUAAGUGACAGGGCAGGAUCUGAACACAGGUUUCCCUUUUCAUUUGCACACUCAUUAAUUGAGUGUCUUUUAUGUGCUGUUUCUGUGUGCUUGGGAGAUCAGUGAACAAAAUAGAUAAAAAUUCCUGCUCUUAUGGAGCUUACAUUCUAGUAAUACUAAGAUGCAGUCAGUGCCUGUUAUGCUAUAUGAUAUCAUUAGGCAUAUCAUAUUCAAAGACAGAGAUGUUGAUAAAAGCCAUAAAAAAGAACAAAGUAAGGGAGAUUAGGAGUGCUGUGGGCUUGGCAGAGGGAGCAGUUUGCAAUAGAGCCUUGUUGAGAAGGUAAUAGUUGAGGAAAGAUUGGAAGGAUACAGGAGGUGAGGGAGCUAGCCAUGCAGACCUGGGGAAGAGUGUUCUAGGCAUAGGGAACAACUAGUGUGAAGGCAGCUUAAUUCCAAGGUGCCUUCCCUUACAUCCAGUGCCUCAAAACAUAAAUGCAUGUGAGAAGACUCCUCAAGGAAGGAAAAGCUUGAAAAUGGAUUGUAGGCCAACCAGAGUGAGAGAGGUCUGAACCAGUCCACAUAAGACAGCUUGGGGAUGGAGACUGAUUUCUGGGUCCUCAUUAGAAAACAGGCCUUUUUGCCUACGUCCUGAAGAAAAAAGAAGUUAAAGUAACUGAAGAGGCAAGGUCACCCUGCUUUUACACCCUCGAUUAAACUCCGUUUGCUGUUGCACACCUCUGCUGUGGCCUAGGUCUCUGUUUCUGAGGGCAUCUGUGAUAUGCAUGGCCUAGUGCCGGUCCCUUGAGACCUCCCAGUAGUCAGCUUGGAUGUGCCCAAGCUCUGUGUGUUCUCUCUGGGCUCUGCACUUGUCCUGCUUCAAUUGUUCAUCAUCCAAUUCCAAGAAAGAUGGACCUUCUCAUGCUUGCCUCAGUGCUGAAGUGCCCCUUGAUGGAGCACUUGCCUAAGUUGGGGAAGCCUGUUCUCCAACUUUCCAUGGAGGGGAGAGCCAGAAUAAAUCAAUACGAGAGCUUGUAAGCUGACCAGUUGUUUUUUGUGCUACCCAAUAUUGUGCACUGGGCUUCCUAAGGAUCAGUUCCCAUCAGGUACUUACUGAGGCUGCUCUGUGCCAACCCUGUGUUCUGAGAAA